AAAAUUAGAAAAAGGAAAAAAGAAUAUACGAAAGCAUUCAAAGGGUAGGCCAAUAAAAUCAAACCACCAAACACUCCUUCGCUGAUUGAGAUUCCACCACACAAACAAAUCAACCAUGGCAGCAGCAGCCAGAGUGAUAGCCGUCGCCAGCAAUUCAACCGCCGCCACUACCUGCUUGCUCCUCAGAACGCCUUUUGCUUCGAAACGCGACAGCAACGCUCUUAGCUUCAACAACGGCAGACGAUUGUCCAAAAGAUUAUUUUCUUGCAAUGCCAUUUAUAACCCUCAGGUUCAGAUCAAACAACAAGGCCAACCCGAAACCCUUGACUACAGGGUCUUCUUCGAAGACACCUCGGGCAAAAAGAUUUCUCCUUGGCAUGAUGUGCCAUUGCGCUUGGGAGAUGGUGUUUUUAGCUUUAUUGUUGAAAUACCCAAAGAGUCAAGUGCAAAAAUGGAGGUUGCUACCGAUGAGGCAUUCACUCCCAUUAAGCAGGAUACAAAGAAGGGCAAGCUUCGAUAUUACCCCUAUAAUAUAAACUGGAAUUAUGGAUUGCUUCCACAAACAUGGGAAGACCCAUCUUUUGCUAAGUCUGAAGUUGAAGGAGCAUUUGGUGAUAAUGACCCUGUUGAUGUUGUUGAGAUUGGUGAAAGCCGGAGAAAGAUUGGUGACAUUCUGAAGGUUAAGCCCUUGGCUGCUUUAGCCAUGAUUGAUGAUGGGGAACUUGACUGGAAAAUAGUUGCCAUCUCAUUAGAUGAUCCAAGGGCUUCACUUGUUAAUGAUAUUGAUGAUGUUGAGAAGCAUUUCCCGGGGACUCUGACCUCAAUCAGGGAUUGGUUUAGAGACUACAAGAUCCCUGAUGGAAAACCAGCCAACAAGUUUGGUCUUGGCAACAAGGCGGCAAACAAGGAUUAUGCUCUUAAGGUCAUUACCGAGACUAACGAGUCUUGGGCCAAACUUGUCAAAAGAUCAAUCCCCGCUGGAGAGCUUUCACUUGUAUAAAUGCUACCAGGAGCAUUACAGCGGCCAUGCUUUCAAUUUCGGACACUCAUCCGAGUUUUUCCCCUGUUGCAAGCAGGUCUUGGUAAUUAUAUAAGUUGAUUCCGCGAUGCUUUUCUUUCUGCUUAUCGUUUGCUUAUCGUUUGAGUAAAUUAGAAAACUCUUUUUAAUUGGGACAGCAGUUCAUAUUCCUAUGAUGUUCUGAUGUGGAUAAAUAGGAAAAGACUUCUGUUUGUACGAAGAAUAAUUAUUGUCAAUAAGGAACUGAAUUUUGCUGCCAAAUUUC